AUGAACAAACUGCAUGUGUCUUUACCGCUAUGUUACCUAAUCUUUCUUCCCUGCUUUCUUUGGCUUAUCCUCCAGAACGGGAUCGUUCCUAUUGUGGAACCUGAAAUCCUUCCCGAUGGUGACCACGAUCUCAAACGCUGCCAGUAUGUGACAGAGAAGGUUCUGGCUGCUGUGUACAAGGCCCUGAGCGACCACCACGUCUACCUGGAGGGAUCUCUGCUCAAGCCAAACAUGGUGACGCCCGGCCAUGCCUGCACCAAGAAAUACUCCGCUGAGGAGAUUGCCAUGGCAACCGUUACUGCUCUCCGCCGCACUGUGCCACCCGCAGUGACUG